ACCAGCGAGUAACGGCAUAUGAGCGCUCGCAGAGAAAUCGCUAAUCACGAACGGCGGACGUUAAAAAACCAAAAAGGAAUCAGAAAGGAGACACCAAAAAGGCAAAAGGAGCAAAGAGAAAAGCAGUUAAAUAACAUAAUUUAAAAUAACAACAAAUGCGAAAAGUGUACUAGUGUGUGUCUGCCAGACUGACAAGCACUCGUUAAAGUCUAAGCAAAAGUAAACAUUCCCCCAGAAAAAGAAAAGAAGUAUAAAAAAAAGGAAAUAAAUUAUAAUAUAAACAAAAAUUAAAACAAACAAAAAAAAGGCAAAGAAAUCCUUGCAGCGGCGUUGUGGCGAAAACACAAAAAAAAAAAAAACACCAGCGAGUGGCACUCGGCGAACCGUUUACUGUUAUUUCUUUCUGCGCUUUUCGCGUUCGCUGUCGCAGUCGGCGUAGGCGUCGACGGCGACGUUAACUAAAAAAAAAGUAGGAUACAAAAAAACCUGCUUUUAUUCCUUAAGCGAGAAAAGCUCUGGGAAAAGCAAUGCAACAACAGCAGCAGCAAAGGCAGCAGCAACAACAACAACAGCAACAGCAGCAGCAACAACAAGUGUAGUGUGUCGCACGCGCGACUUGUGUGUGUGAAUGAUGAAGAAGAAGCAGAAGCAACAACACCAGCAGCAGCAGCAGCAGCAAUCGCAGCAGCAGCAGCACCAAAGCAAGGCGGAGGCUGAUCGGCAGCAGCCCACUAGCGGCGGCAGCAACAGCAGCAACAAUAAGCAUUCCCCAAAAACUGAGCAGCGUUCGGCAAAGCGCAGCAACAACCAAGGCAACACUAAAAACAACAAUAACAACAGCAAACGUUGCAGUCGCAGUCGCAGCAGAAGUCGCAGCAGCAGCAGCAGUAGCAGCGCCAGCACCAGCAGCAGCAGCAGCAACGCCAGCAUAGGCAGCGACGCCAGCAGCAGCAUGUCCAAAACAAGCAGCGCAAAUCCACAAGCAUCAGCAGCAGCAGCAGCAACAGCAGCGGCGGCGGCAGCAGCAGCAGCAACAGCAGCUGCAGCAGCGGCUGCAAAUGCAACAAAUGCCGCCGAUUUUAGUGCUUUCGAUUUUAACGAUAGCUCCGAUAACUCCGAUACGCCCCUUGUGCCACGCCCACCCUUCCUUAGUCGCGCCGCAGCAGCGGCGGCAGCGGCAGCGGCAGCAGCGGCCGCCUUAACCAGCAGCAGCAACAAUAGCAACAACUCGGCGGCAGGACAAAUGCCGCACAGCAGCAGCAGCGCCAGCAACAAUAAUAAUAAUAAUAUUAAUAAUAACAAUAAUAAUAAUAACAAUAACAAUGGCAACACCAACAACAACAGUCGCAGCAGCAGCAGCAGCCUGGACGAGGAAGAAGAGGAGGAGGAAGAGGAAGAGGAGGAGGAAGACGAGGAUGAGGAGGAGGACGAUGAAGAGCACCAGCAACAGCAACAGCAGCAGCAGCAGCUAGCGGCCGAGCAGCAGCAACGGGCGGCAGCGGCAGCAGCCGUGGUGGCAGCCGCUGUCAAUGCUUUGCACAACGGCAACAAGCAGCAGCAGCAGCACUAUAACAACAACAACAACAACAAUAACAAUGGCAACAGCAAGCGAGAUCAGCGGGAACGUGAAGAUCACUUGCAAUCGCAGCAGCAGCAGGCGCCGCCAGAGGAAGAGGAUGAAGACUACGACGAGGAGGAGGAAGAUGAUGAAGAGGAAGAUCACCACCACCAUCAGCAGCAGCAGCAGGGCAAUGGUCAUGAUCUGGGACCCACAGAUCUCAGGCAUGUCCUGCCCCAUGAUCCACAGCAGCAGCAACAGUUGCAGCAACAACAACAGCAGCUGCAACAGGAGCCCGCCGACUAUGACGAUGAGGGUGAGGAGGAGGACGAAGAUGACGAGGACGAGGAUGAAGAUGAGGCGGCCAGCAGUCACCUGGACAGCCGGGCCACCCUCUCCUCGGCCCACCUGAACUCAGCUGCUGCUGCCGAGAGUAGCAAUAUCCAUAUGAGCGCCGUGGCAGCGGCAGCAGCAGCAGCGGCCGCUGCAGCAGCCGCAGCUGCCAAGCUAAACGCCCAGCUGGAGCAGCAAAAUGCCACCGCUUUGGACAUGGCCAGCAGCAGUAGCGGUGCCCCUUUGCCGGCGUCUGCCGCUCAACAGCAGCAGCCAGGACCCAGCAGCCUGCUGGGCGGCAACAGCAACACGAGCUUCUCCACAAACAACAACAGCAACCACGCCCUCAGCUCCACCCACGGCGGCAGCUCGGUGGGCGGUGGUAGUGGACCAGGUGGCGUUGGCUGUUGCAAUGACCUCAUGGGAGCGGUAUCAUCGGGUGGUGGUGGAAACUCACGUGGAGGCUCCUCUUUGGGUGGACUUGUGGGUGGCUCGACGCUGCAGCAGCAUCAGCAGCAGCAGCAGCAGCAACAACAACAGCAGCAGCAACAGCAGCAGCUGCACCAGCAGCAGCAGGGCAACGGCAACGGUAAUGGAAGCGGUAGCGGUGGCAGCAGCGCCGCCAGUGAACGUCGCAAAUAUCGCCACCAGAACUAUAGCAAAAACAUAUAUAUCGGUACCAAGAACGCGGAGAAGUGGGAGCACAUGCGCACCCGGCUGCAGUUCAAGAACGAUGUGGAGUUUGUCGCCUACCUGCUCAACCUGGCCGAUAACGACACGGAUCGGCUGAACAACCUACCCCCGCCCUCGCCCGCCCACACGCCCACCAAAGGCUUCGAUGGUAAUUUCAAGCUGGAACCAAAUCUCAGCGCCAAGGACUUUGCCCCACCGCCGGAAUCCUCGCUUAAUGGCAAUGGCAAUACCAGCGGGAACGGUGACUCCGCCUCGGCGGCCUCCCUGCCCAUGGCCACGCCCACCCCGCCACAGCGCAAGCGGUACAAGAAGCGUGUCCAGUUUAGCUCCGAAACCCUCAAUGGCUAUGCCGGCAAGGGCAAGGGAGCAGCAGCAGCGGCGGCGGCGGCGGCAGCAGCAGCAGCAGCAGGAGGAGGAAGUGGAGCUUCAGGAGGAAGCUACAGCUACACCAAGUCCAAGAAGCAAGAGGCCAAGGCAGCGGCGGCAGCCCUCAAGGCAGGUGCAGCAGCUGCAGCGGCUGCGGCGGCGGCGGCAGCUGCCUCCUCGGCCUUGCCCGAGGUCCUUGAUUGCCGCAUUGCCGAGAAGAUCAAGAGCGAGCUGGAGGCCAACAGCAAGGAGUCACUGCCCAGUGCCCUCUGCCUAAAGAAGGCCGCAGCAGCAGCAGCAGCGGCGGCGGCAGCAGCAGCCGCAGCGGCAGCCGAGGGUCAUGGCGGCAGCGACGAAGACGAGGAUGAUGAGGAGCAACACCAGCAGCAGCAGCAGCACCACCAACAUCUGUUAGCCAACAUGCCCGCCAUGGAUGCCGUGGAUGGCCUGGCAGGAGGAGUUCCAAAUGGCCAGUUGGGCAACUUCCAUGUCCGCUCCAAGACGCAGGGUGGCAAGAAAUCCCAGGCUGCCAAGGCGGCAGCAGCUGCAGCUGCAGCAGCGGCAGCGGCGGCCAUGAUGCCGCCCAACUCCUACGAUGAGCACGAGGAUGACCCAGGCCUGGGUGGACCCGGCAACGAGGACGAUGACGAUGAUGACGAGGAACUCGACGAGGAGGCCCUGGCCCGCGAAAUGAAAAUGGAGCAGAAUUUCGUGGAGGAAGAAGAUGAGCAUGACAUAGCCUUCCGGUCGCAUCAAUCCUGCCGCGAAUGCUCCAUCACGCACGACCACAAGAUGUGUCCGUUGCGCAAUGCCUGCGGCAAUGUGACCGAUGCCGUUGACCUGGGCGAAUGGAUUGAGCGACGGAAUCUGGAGGCUUUGGCCAAGCUGAAGGCCGAUGCCCAGAGGCAGGCGAAGCGAGCUAGCGGCAGGCAACGGCAUGAAGAUGAUGACAUGGAGGAUAUGGAGGAUAUGGAUAUGGAUGAAUCAUCGCAGCUCUCAGAGCUGGAGACGAAACCCCUGAUAACCUUUGCCGAGGCCUCGGUGCCGGCGGAAUUCGAGCUGCACAAUGUGGAGCCCAAUGUGACGGGGGUUUUUGCUCGUACCGAGGUGCGCGCCUACACCAAACUGGGUCCACUUAUUGGCCAGCCGGCACAGACUGGAGAGGUUCGGGAGGGUAGCGACAUGAAGUGGAUCUUUGAGAUGUGCGAGGCCGGUGCAGACAAGUCGUAUUUGCUGUGCUGCGACAACCCAAAUGCCUCCAAUUGGCUGAGAUUUGUUCGGCCAGCUCCUAGCUAUGAGGAGCGUAAUGUCAAUCUGGUGUCCAUCGAUCGACAGGCGUACUUUGUAAGCUGUCGGGAUUUGAGGAAUGGCAUGGAGCUGCUCUACUGGAGCGAUGACUGCAACACCAUGUGGCGCAAAAAGCAUACGGAGAAGACGAAUUGUGGCGGCUGCAAUUUGAAAUUCGAGCAUCCUUUGUACUAUCGCACCCACUGCUCUGUCUUCCAUGAUCCCUCCAUGAGCCUCACCAUACGGAAAUACCAUUGCAAGGUCUGCGGCGAGGCUGUUUUGGGCAAGGAUAACAUCAUGAAGCAUGCCGCCGAGAAGCAUGAUGGCAAGGGCGCCUAUCAGUGCCAGUUCUGUAGCAAGUUCUUCUUGAGACUCAACUACCUGGAGAUGCAUCGCACAUAUGGCUGCGCCUCGAAUCCAAAUCGCUCAAGGCCUGUCUGCGAUUUCUGUGGGCGCAAGUUCUGUCAACCGCAGAAGCUGAAGGCGCACAUCAAGCGGAUGCACAGCGAUAUGGCUGAAGUUUUACGAGAUUUUCAGUGUAAAUUAUGUUCAAAACUUCUAGGAUCGCGAGCGGCACUGCAGCGCCACUCGAAGGAGGUGCACAGCCGCAACUCGACGGUGGUGAGCUGUCCGCGUUGCCAGAAACUCUUCCAGAAUCGCAGCAAUCUCAAGAUCCAUAUGCUGACCCACUCGGGCGUGAGGCCGUUCAAAUGCGCCGAGCCAGAGUGCAAUGCUGCCUUCACCACCAAGCAGUGCCUGCAGUUCCAUUACAAGAAGGUUCACAACUAUACACAGGAGCAGAUGCCCAAGAUUGAGCGCAGCGUGGCCUAUACCUUUGAUGCCUAUUCCGGCGGCAUGAAGGUUGACUUUCUGGAGCAAGCACCGCGCCGGCGGCGCAAGAGCCUCGAGGACCAGAGCUCCAUGCUCAGCGGUUCGCUGCAGAGCGAUGCCGAGUUCAGCGAUGACAACCUGUUCGAGGCCAUCAAGAAGAGUGGCAAGUCCAUUAAGGAUCUGUGUCGCAACGAGCCGAAUUUGUCGCUGCUUAGCUCCAAGAUAUCCAGCAUUUUUGGUGACAAGGUGGUGCCCCCAUCCGUUUCCGUUUCCGCUGCGGCCUCUGCCACGACCACCGGCGGCAGGAAGCGAAAGCGCAAGAAGGAGCCCAGUGCGGCGGCUCAGCAUCAUCAGCAUCAUCAUCAGCAGCAGCAGCAGCAACAGCAGCAGCAGCAGCUGGGACAGCAGCAGCAACACACGCAGCAACAUGCCACCGCGCAGCAGCAACUGCAUACGCAGCAGCAUCAGCAGCAACAUGUGUCAGCCGCCCAGCAGCAGUUGCAACAUCAACAACAGCAACAGCAGCAGCAGCAGCAGCAUCUGCAGCAGCAGCAGCAGCAUCAGCAGGUGCAGCAUAGUCACCACCAGCAGCAACAACAUGCUGCCCAGCAGCAUCAGCAGCAGCUGCAUCAUGAUCCCCAGCAGCAGCAGCAACAUCCGCCGCAGUAUCACCCGCAUCACCUGCACCAGCACGGCCUUCAGCAGCACACGCAACAGCAGUCGCAGCAGCAGCAGCAACAGCAUUCGCAGCAGCUACACAGUAACGAUCCCGAUGAGGAGGAGGCUGUCGCCGCAGCAGCAGCAGCAGCAGCGGCCGCGGAGCAUGCCCGCCUGGAGCAGGUGCGGCGGAAGCAGAACGCCCAGCUGAGCCUGGUCGAGUCCUUCCUCACCACCACUGCCCAGCGGCUGAGCGCCCAGCAGCAGGUGCAGCAGGUGGUGGCCGCCGCGGCCGCUGUCUCGGCCAUGGCCGGCGCUGGCGAUGAUCCCGCCAAGCUGGGUCACAUGAUGGGCCACAUGGGUGUGGGCGUGGGCGUGGGCAUGGACGAGGAGGAGGACGAGGAGGAUGAUGAUGAUGAUGGCGGCGGCGGUGGUGGCGGAGGAGGUGGUGGUGGCGGCUCUGCUAGUGGCUCUUCUGUGACCCACCAGCAGCAUCAUUCUCAUGUCCAUGCCCACCAGUCGCAUCAUUCGCAUGUCCAUGCCCAUGCCCAUCCGCAUCACGCCCACUCGCAUUCGCAUGGCCACUCUCAUCCCCACCAGCAUGCCUCUGUCCAGGCAGCAGGACAGCAGGAUUAUCGCCAUGCCGUGGCCAUGAAUGCCGCCGCCUUGGGCCAAAAUCUGGUGGUCAGCAAGGGUAGCAAAAAGUGGAUCCAGGAGGUGGAUUCCAGUGAGGUGGGCAGCGACCCGGGUGGCCCAGGUGGUGGAGGAACUGGUUCUUGUGGCCAACUUGCGUCGGGUCCUGGCUCGGAUCUUGGCUUUGCCGUGCCGCCCAGCUCUGUGGAUGAGCAUAGCAAGCUUUUGGGUCAGAAUCGUGAUUUUCUGGCCCGUCUUAUGAGCAGUGCCAGUGCCAGUCAUGCCCAUGCCCAUGCUCAUGCCCACGCCCAUGCCCACCAGCAGCACCAGCAGCAGCAGCACCAACAGCAGCAGCAGCAGCAUCAGCACAGCGCCCACAGCCGGGAGGAGGAUGAGAACAGCUCUUUCUUGGAUGUCGUCGAGUCCAAUAAUAAUGCUGCGGCCGCUGCAGCCGCCGCCGCAGCAGCAGCGGCCAUGUCGCAGUACGGCGGAGGAGGAGGAGGAGGUGGAUCAGGACCAGGCAGCGUGGGAGGAGGAGGAGGAGGAACAGGUUCUGGCCCUGGCAGUGGCGGCGAUGGCAGCGGCGGACAAACACCAACGGGCCCAGCCACCGGUGGAACCGUUGCUGGCGGAGAUGAGCCCCAAAUGCAGAUGAACUCCCUGGCCCACUCGCAGUCCUUCAUGAGCUCCUUCUACAACAAUGCCAGUGCACGUGGCGUGGUCGGUGGCUCCUCAUCGGCCAGCAUGCUGGUGGAGGCGGCCUUGAACUCCGUUGGCAAUAUGAUUGACAGCGAGAGCAGUGACCUUAAGGUUCCCAACGAUAAUCACAUCAACAGCGACAGUCCCAUGAGUGCCCAUGUGGAUCCCGAAUCGCAACGCUUUGCAGGCAACGGGGGCAGCUCUGGCGGCGGCGGUGGCAACAGCAAUGGUGCUGGUGGUGGUGGUGGUGGUGCCUCCUCUGGUGGUACCAAUGGUGGCACCAUUGCCGGUGCCAUGGAUAACCUGGAAAAUGAACUAAAGAUGAUGAAAAAUCUGGGCAGCUUCCCCAUGCAGAUACCACCACUGCCCAUGUUCCAGGGCGCCUGCAAUAUAUCGCCCAGCGCCUCAACGCCCACAAAUCCGCAGAGCAACCAGAACCAAAACGACGUGGAUGUGGAUGCUGGGAGUACGCCCCGUCCCCAGCAUCCCGAUUCGGAUGGCUUCUCCUCCUCGCAUCAUCGAACGCCGCCCUCGCCGCCACCCAUAUCACCGGGUCGUGAUUAUGGUGGCAUGUUUGGUGGCACCGCCGGCAAUGGCGGUGGUCCGGGCUCCAAUAGCACGCCAGCGGGUAGCUCUAGUGGUGGUGGCGGUGCAGCCGGUGGUGGUGGUGGUGGUGGCGGUGGUGGUGCCAAUAGCAUGUCCGCCUCAUCGCCUUUGCCUGCCUUGCAGCCGCAGCGUAGGAAUGCCUCCAGUGUGGGCAGCACCUAUCCUGAGCAUGAGCUCAUAUCGCCGGCCUCGUCGCCCAGCAUUCCGAGGUAUAACUUUAAUGGGGACAUGAUGAGGCACAAGCGAGUGGUCCAGCAGGAGCAGGAGCAUCAGGAGCGGCAGCGCCAGAAUAUCUCCCGGCACAAUCAGAUGUCCAGUGAUGAGGAGAAUAGCAUAAUGCCGCAAAACAGCGCUGGCCAGGAUAUGCGCAUGAAGUUCCCCCAGUCACAGAUCGAUCUCAUGUACUCCAAGUACGAGAGCAUGGCCAGCAAUCUCAAGUACAAUAGCCAGGACCUGGACUCCCCAGCCGAGUACCGCCAGGCGGGCGGCAAUGGUGUUGGCAAUCCUGCGCUUAGUGCCGCUGCCGCCGCAGCAGCUGCCGCCAGUGCGGCCAAUGAUUUAUCGGAUCUUCAGGGUCUGGACAUGAGCUCUCGUUCGAAUGCCGCCAGCAGUAAUUAUCAUCAUAACUUCCAACUGCCCAGCAGUCGUUAUCAUCAUCACAUCUAUGAUAUACUCUCCGAUCGAGAGCAACAAUCCCAGCAGGCCCAGCAAUCGGGUGGGUCUGUGGGCGGUGGCGGUGCCGGACCGGGUGGAUCGGUGGUACAUCAGCAGGAGCAUGGACAUGGCCAGCAUCAUGCCAUGCAGCAGCAUCAACAAUCGGCCGCGGCCAUGCACAAUAUGCUGAGCGAACAGCUGGGCGAGCAGGAGCAUGACCAGACCACCUCGGUGGAUCUGAGCAGGACGGCCAACUAUGUGGUAUCAUCGCCACCUCAGCUGCCGUACAAUCAUCCAUCGCAUCAUGACAUGCUGCGGAUGGCCUCGCUGGAUCUAACGCCCAACACGGCCAACAUGGCCGUGGGCAACAAUCGGUCGUUCCUCUCCUCGCAGAUGCAGCACCAGAGUCGUGAGAGUUUGGAGCAUCACCGGUUGCUCUCCACGGUGGAGCAGCAUCGCAUAUUGGCCGCCUCGAAUGCAGCUGCCGAUCAGCAUCGCCUGCUGGUCGAUCCCACCGCACAUCUGCUGAUGGAGCAAAAUAACCGGCUGCUGGGCACGGCGGAUCAGAGUCGUUUGCUGGGCGAAUCGGCGGCGGCUGCUGCCCAAAAUCGGCACAUGGCCAGGAGUUUUGGUGCCUACCAUCAGGUGGCGUCCAGCAAUUAUCAUCCGGGUGUAAGGCCGCCGCCAGUCCUGCCAUCGGCCAAUCAUCAUGCCUCCAAUCCGUCGAACUAUCAUCCCUUCCCCGCCUACUACUAGGAGGUGGUGGUGGUGGUGGAUGAGGGCCAGUCGGGACACAGUAGUGCAAUUUCCAGGCAGAGAAGGAGGACAAGGAGGAGGAGGAGGAGGAGUUCCCAGUUGCCCAACCUCAACUGACUCAUAAUAAAUUUAGUUCCUUUAAAAAAGAAUUUAAGUUCGAUGUACUGUGAAAAAAAGGGUUUCGUUGAAGUACACUUACAAAAAAAGGAAAGAAAACUAAGCCACAAUUGUUCUACAGCUUAUUUAAGAAAUUAUAAUCCCAUUUUUGGAAAAGUAUAUAGUUUUUUUGAAAUUUUUAAAAUGUUUUCCAUAUUUUCAAAAAAAAUUUAUAAUUCUAGGUACAAGUACACGUACAAAAAGUACCUAAAAACCUGUGUAAACAAGCAAAUAUAAAUCAAUUUCUGCCAAAGUAAUAGAAAUGUUUUAUAGUUUUAAUGAAAUUGUAAAAAGUUUUCCAUAUUUUUAAAUUAUUGUUUCAACUCUUGGUACAAGUACUUAAAAUCAAAGCUGAAAAGUACCUAAAAUUUUGUGCAAGUUUUAUCUUUGUUAGGUGAACAAACAAAUUAAAAUGUUUAAUUAUUUUAAAAUUGUUUUUUUUUUUAAUUUUAAAGUUUUUUUU